GAGCUGUUGUUCCCGAUAUGUCUCUUGUGGAUCACGCUGAUCAUCCGGGUCAAGCCGCUGAUGACCAUGAUUGUAAUGCCGGAGCACUUCAAGAUGAACGUGGUGACGCUGACGCAGACGUGGACGAACCUUGCCCUGAGGCGCCUGCGCUGCGACGGAGGCCAUGUCGAUCUCCUGCACAAGGAGGCGCUGCAGCAACUGAUCGACAAGGAGCCGGAGAAGCGGAUCGUGCCGACCCAGGAGGUCGCGAAGAGCGUCGGGGCUGAGCUGAUGAACUGGAAGCUCGCGGCGGAGGCGGAGUUGACCGGCAACUUCUUCGGCAUGGGGGUCAUCGAGUCUUGGAGUGACAAGCCUCCGCCUGACCAGACCAUGUCUCUCAAGACAGCAGUGAUUGAGUACCCCAUGAUGUGUCCGAACCUUGAGAACGACGAUCCGCUGUGGGGGGAUAUUUUCAAAUUGCUGCACGCGAAGUAUUCGCCGGACAAUUUUGACAGGUUGCCAGAGUUGCACAACAAGUACGGCGAGUGCAAGAAGGAUUGGUACGCCAUGUUCGUGAAGGCCAACCUCCUCGACAACGACACGCUGCGGGCUGUUCUGGGUGGUGUUCUCCAGGAGCAGACCUCAGAGGUCAAGGACGACCAGCAGGUCACGGCCGCCAUCCCGGAGAGCGACGAGGAGGAGCCAGCCAAGAAGCGCAGGCGCGGCAAGAAACGAUGCCGGCCUGGAGCGAACGACCGCCGGGCUGCGAAGGCACAGAAGGCGCAGGACGACUCACAGAGACAGUCCACGGCUGCGGCCGCCG